AGAACAAAGAAAACACUACACCAAAACCAGCAUCAACAGUCUGACGGACACGUCGCAGUAUCAUGUGGAGCACUUGACCACGUUCGUGUUAGACCGCAAAGACGGGAUGAUCACAGUGGACGAUGGCGUCCGUCGUCUUCGUCUGCUGGACGCUAAAGGAAAGGUUUGGACUCAGGAGAUGUUGCUGCAGGUGGAAGAGAAAACGGUCAGCCUCAUCGACCAGGAGACGAAGAACGAGCUGGAGAACUUCCCCAUCGGGACGAUCCAGCACUGUCAGGCUGUGAUGAACGCCUGCAGCUACGACUCCAUCUUGGCUCUGGUGUGUAAAGACUCGGGUCAGACCAAACCGGACCUCCACCUGUUCCAGUGUGAUGACAUCAAGGCGAAUCUGAUCCACGCAGACAUAGAUAGUGCCAUGAUCGAUGCCAAAGGAGGCAAAGUGAAGAAGAGACCAGAGACGCUCAAGAUGAUUCUAAAAAGUGACGGGAUCAUCCCUCCUCCCCCUGCUGCUCCCGCCCCUGAACCACCAGAACCGUCCAAUCAGGUGGACGUGAAGAGUCGAGCGGCCGCUUGGUCAGCCUGGACCAAUGAGCAGCAAGACU